AUGCGAGCUUCCGCGGCCGUUUUUCUUCUGGCCUGGAUUGCUUUAGCAACCACGAACGAAGAAAGCGGAGAAGACGUCCACUUCACCAACUCUUGGGCAGUCCACAUCGAAAAUGAUGACAUCGAUCUUGUAAACGAUAUUGCCAAAAAACACGGAUUUGUAAAUCAAGGACAGGUAGGUGAAAUUCUCUAGAGCUCUGUGCAAUAUUCUGGAGCACGUGAUUUUAAAAUAUAACGUAAUUCAUGUUGUAAAUGAGGGCCAACUCUGCGAGAAAUUUCAAACGCUUAGUUUGUUGUUUAGUCGAGGGCAGUGUUUCCGGCGACCGGUUGUUAUGUUAUCGAGAAGAGGCAAGGUACCAGAAAUCGUGUCACGUUUUAAGGAUCAACAACCGUCAAUGAUAAACCUGCCAUUAAAUUAGAUGAUGUUUUGUUUUCCUAGAUAGGAAGUCUUCCGGGUUAUUAUCACUUUGUCAAACACUCCGUGGGGGAAAGAUCGCGCAGAAGUUUGGACGAACAUAGCGAAACAUUGUUAUCCGAGCCUAGGGUAAGAUUUCCAGUGUCUGUGUCUUUUAUCAUUAUUUGGUGUGUUGCUGGUGGAUGUUGACUAGAAGACAAUAAAACUAAUUAAUCGUCAUAUUCGCUUAUAACACAUCCCUCAUUCUAUACUGAAAAAAAAAUCAUAUAGAGAAAGUUGCCAAGGGAAAUGCUUUACAAAAUCAAAAUGGUUUUCAUAAAAUGUUUUCCUGAGUCACGGCUCACUGAAGCCAGGGUAACCAGCUUGAAGAGACGUGCUAAUUAUAUGGAGCGUAACUUAACCCUCAGUGAAGCAAAACAAAAAUCCCAAGUUACAUCUUCUAAAACACUAAGCAAUAAACCAUAUAGCACCAUGUGAGAGUACUGAUAAAGAAUUUUCAUUUGAAUGGUCACAUCAGAAAAAUUUGAUCACAAACUCAAGAAUCUUAGAACAACGACUAAUAAAUAGCACCGACCACUGAAGAGGCUUCACUUGAAUAGUCACACCAUAGGAUUUCAUCCACAAACUUAAAAGUUCGAUCUACGUACUAAAUAGAUAGUAGCAUGUGAAAGUACUGCUAAAGAAGUUUGACUUGAAUGGUAACACCAUAGGAUUUCAUCCACAGACUCAAAAGUUAGAUCUACUCACUAAAUAGAUAGUAGCAUGUGAAAGUACUGCUGAGGAGGUUUGACUUGAAUUGUUACACCAUAGGAUUUCAUCCAUAGACGCAAACGGUUAGAACUACAAAAAAUGCGGGAGAAAAAGGUGUUCGUUGUACCCAAGGGCAUAUUUUGGGGCUGUGAUCGUGUCGGUGUGAUUGAUUUACCGCUUCGUAACAGAAUAUUGGGAUGAGAAAUUAAGCCCAGACGCAAAAUUUUGGUCUGAUCUAUAGAGUUAGGAUUUGGAGAAUUGCAAGGCAACCAAUCAUUUCGAUUAGUGCUCUCUGCCCAGGCCCUCGGAUAAAUAGUGAUUAUAUCCUUAAGAAAAAGAAGAAUGCACACCCUAGUAGGAAUGCACAGUGCUUCAGGCAAGAAUGAAAUGCCAACUUUUAGCUAACCAAUGAAAAAUAAAACCCUAAGAUUGAUGGAGUGGCACAAAUACAGAGCUACCGAAGGGCAGUUUCCCUGCAAAACUUUCGUUUGUGGGUGUAAUAAGGGAUAUAUAUACAAACUUACGGGCAUCUUAGGGCGCUUUCCAUUUGCUUAAACUCGCCGGCCAGUUGUAAAGAAAUUUCCGCUAUUAAUCACGACUAUCCAAUCAGAUCGGACUAGUUAAAAGUGAUAUGCUCGGCAGUGCAGGGUUUUGAGAAAAGAGUAAUGUUUUAUUUUUUGACUUUUGGUCCUUUAAGUUAGUCUUACACUCUUCACAGGUGAAAUGGGUAGAACAGCAAAGGAUUCUGGAACGAAGCAAGCGUGACGUCAUACCAGGAGAGGACGAACUGGUGGAGAGGGCGGUAGCAAGACUGCGACGGGACACCGCUGUCACAAUACGCGAUCCUUUCUACAAAGAUCAGUGGUACCUAGUACGUACUGAAUAUUUCAAACAUAAAUUUUCACAAAUGAGCAAGUGCAUCGAACUGGAAUCCAAAGAUAGCGUGUUAACGGGAGAAGUCGCGCAUGAUUCAUUAACAAAAGACCUUUCUUAAUUCAGUAACCAUAGAGUUAAAGCAGGCCCUCUAUUAGAGAGAAUUCACGAAUGACGGAUUAACGUCCCGAUUGAAUGACUCUGUUUUAAGGUGACUCGACCGGAUCAGUUUCCAGGGCCAAUAACUUCCAAGUUUAAACAUAAGCUACGUCGCCAUUAGCAAAGAUAUUGGAAAAUGACCACCCCAGCGAUGUCAUAUAAGGAGAAAAUAUAUUUUAUGAGUACCAUUUUGUUGACAUGAGAGUUACCAAAGCAAUAAAAUGACGUUAUGAAAAAUAACAACUUUAAGUAGAUCCGUGAAAAGACGGACACCACAGUCGCUUGGAACAGUUUGAUCUUCGAUGCUUGUAACAGCUUUGAGCUCCACAAUUUUUUCCAUUUUGUUGCGAGCUAUCCAAGCUGAAGCCUUUCUGACCUCAAAAUCAUGUUCUGUGUCACUGAUCCAUGAACCAAGUUGAAGUUCUCAACAGCCUCAAUUACUUCGUCGUCACCUGUUUUGAGCCCAGCAUCAACAUGAUGGUUAAAGAACAUGUACUCAUGUAUCUUUCGGUAGAGCUCUAUAUGCUGUUAUGAUAGGAAGCAAAAGGGAACCACAAAGCUUCCUUGACAUCGUGUAGUAAAAUCAGACGAGAAAUAAAGAAACGAAGCAUGAAAAGAAGACGUGAAAUUAAGGAACUACAUGUAAUCACAACAGUCACAGACAGUACAGUUGACCAGUCGGAAAUUGAAUCGAAUUAAUGUAACCACCGUCAAGCGCGGGCAUGCUCUUUAUGCCACCGUGACUUCUGAUGUUGGCAAAGUGGCGUGAGUUUUUAUUUUUAACCAAUCACAAAGCGUAUCAUCGGCAAAGCAAAGCAACUACGAUGUAGCUUCGGCAUUCAGUGGUGGACUAUUGUAGCUUUCCAGUAAGAGUUUCAAUUGUGAUAACUUAACUGUUUUUGAGAAAAUUCUUCCUGUUAUUUUUUCCUCAGCAAAACAUCGGACAAUCUUCUGGACCCCGGGGAAUUGAUAUCAACGUUUUACCAGUCUGGGCUCAAGGAUAUUCUGGUAAAGGAGUAGUGGUCUCGGUCCUCGAUGACGGUAAGUUAUUUUAAAUGACAUUUAAAUAAAAAUGUAAAAUAAGUCUUGCAUAAAUUGCAUAGCGGUGGUAUGAAAACAAAAAAAGAAAACAUGAACGGAUGUUACGAUGGAAAGCUACCGAGUUAACAGAACACUUAACUGAGUUGAACUUUUAAUCAUGAACAAAGAAGACGUCGUACAUUUAUCUUUGGUAGCAAAUUUAAAUAGAUAACUUUAACUUUAAAACUGUUGACAUUUUCCUCAAUAUUUUAGUGAAAAAACUUAACACGGGAAAAUAACGUUAGCUCUGGUAAAACGUUUUUUUUUUUUUUUUAAAAAAGUACACACAAACAGCGAAAUAUGCGUGUCAAGCCUGCUUCUUUAAACAUUUUGAUUUUCUUUGCACACCCCGUUAACCUUAAUGCUAUAUACUUAUCUUGACAAAAUGCGAACAAAGUUUCAAAAAGUUCACUUUGAGUUUUUUGGUCAGAUAAUGACACGAGACCGUGUUAAAAGGAAACUUAUAAUAGCUACUACACAAGUAAUAACCAAAGAUUAGGGCGUGUGGGCGAAAUCUAUCGAAGGUCAAUACGCUCUUGCUCCAAUGCUGUGCUUUGUGUAAAUUUCAAGCUUGUAGAUGGUCAAAAUGCGUGUUAUCAGAUUUCGAGUGAUAGAGGGUCCGAAGCGCUUGAUCAGAGCACAUACGCUCUGUACAUCCCAUUUAUUCUUAGUGAAGUCCAAACGAAAGCUGGCUAAUUCGUCAUAGCAACCUGCAGCUCUAGAUUAAGAUUGCGGGCUCCUCUUGUCGCCCACAAUAAUCAAGGCUUUAUAUGAUUUUUUUUUUUUUUCAUUUCCAGGAGUUGAUCACAGUCACCCCGACCUGAAAAACAACUACGUGAGUUUUUCCACCAACAUCGAAACCUUAUAAACAUUUCACAAGCGUGUUAGUUGAAUUCAGAUUUCCUAAUGGCUUACACUCUAGAAUAAAAGUAAAGAACAUCGCAAAAGUUUGAACCCUAGCUUAGCUGUCUCAAACAGCGUGAACGUGUCUGUGUGAUUAGACUUGAGGCACUUUAUAGCUAUUCGGGCCUCAAAAGGCUUGGAAAUGACCGUGAAACCCCUCAUAUAGACUAAGUUAUACUUUAAGAAUAAGGAGGUUUUGACACGGUAUCACUUCGCUCUGUAAUAGAAAGUUCGAUAAUACAAAUUCAGAGAGGAUGUUUCGGGCUUAGCCAGUGAUAUUAGUAUAGGUAAUGGCAUGAUUUGUAGUGAUAUUUGGCAUAAAUACCACAUGUGAUAUUUCAAAAUUGUUAUACGUAAUUUUAAGAGCCGUUACGCGAGUGAAAUUUGAGACAAUUUUGAAAUAUCAUAAGGGGUAUUUAUGCCAAAUAUAACGUACAAAUCAUGCCAUUAUUUGUUUAUACUACUACUCGCAAAAGGUUUGUUAUUUUCACAUGUAGGUAUUUCAGAUUGAGCUGAAAUACCACUGCUCUAAGCCAAUCAAACUGCAGAAAUUCCUCAUGUAGUAGUAUAAACCCUUGAAAUAUGACCCCUUACCCAAACGAAGCCAUGGCUGGUUUGCCAUUUGCAAAGCGUUUCUAAAAAAUCCUUUUAGAAAGUAAAUGAAACACGACAAGGUUUUGGGGUUAUUCCAGUGAAAAAUUUCCCGGAGCAAUAGAGCUUCUGAAAAGGUAUUCCUGUUCUCCCCGGACGGAAUGUACAAAGGGAAAUUCUUGUUCCAAUUCUUAAAAUUCAUCAUUGAUACCAGUUUCAGGCUUUCGCGGCUUUUUCUCUUUUGCGCAAUUAGUUCAACGAAAUUUACCAGUCCUGAAUUUGCUUACAAUCUGCCCACACCGCCAAGCUAACGGUUUGCCUUCGUAAAUGGUAAAUAAGCAAAAUUUAAAAAAAACAUUUUUUCACUUUUAUCGUUGACAACAUGCUACGUUGAAAUUCAUCGCGUCGUAUUUUCAAUCCAUUGUCUAUAGGAUGCUGACGCAAGUUUUGACUUCAAUGACUUUGAUGGGGAUCCAAGACCACGUGACGAUAACCUGGAAAACUGGUAAAAAAAAAAUACAAAUGAAUGAAAUGUAGGUUGUAAGAAAUUUUCCGGAACUAAUCUUACAAUUGAUUCCUGUUUGAUUGACCUACCGUAUGUUUCUGUAGUCACGGCACAAAGUGCGCAGGAGAGGUAGCAGCCCAAGCGGAUAAUGGCAUCUGCGGAGUGGGAGUGUCUUUCAAUGCAAGCAUUGGAGGUGAAAUCAUCUUAUAUUUAUGCAUUACAAAAUCAAAGACUGGAGUUUCGAGCAAACUGCUUACAGUCUCCUACUUGUCCGCUUUAAAAAAGAUCAUCGAGAUCGAGCCAUUACUGAAAUGUGCCGUCGUCUUAAGUUCAAAAAUACUGAGGAUCCGGAUGUCGCGAUAUAUAGCGGAGAGAGAGAUUUGAUUCCCUUCCCCAUGGUACACUGAUUUGAAAUUUCCGCUCCUUAGGCCAUUCCAACAAAAUGUUUCGUUUCCCGUCGCCCCGUCUCUUGUGAUGGUGGGCCGUUCGGUCGAGCCAAAAAAAAAAUAGAAUGAACACUUCAAGGGGUCUGGGUUCCAGAGAAGGCCGGGCUGCCAAGUAAGAAAGCCUGGUUAGAAAGUCAACUCGAAAACGUGGUCUAUAUCAAAUGUCUAAACAGCCUUUAAAAAACGUAGUGUCGAUGUUAAUUAAAGACAAGGACAUCACAUCAUAUAAAUUGUUGUUAAUAAAACAAGAUCGUGUGCUUGUACAUUAAAGUGCUUGCUUCUUUGACUAUAGUCUGCUACACAGCCGUCUUUAGAGUCGUCACGCAACGCUCCUCCCCACUAACGGCUGCUGAAAACCGAACCACAUUCCUUUCCCAUGAUUAGCCAAUCAUAAUUCAGCUAGGUGUUCGCGCCACGUUUGCGGCACUGUGACUCCUUCAAUCACAGGUUUGUUUUUAUCGGUGCUCAAUGUGUGAAUGACAGAUUAAUCAAAAUCGUCGCAUGAAAACAAGCAAUUAACUACCGUAGUGUUGUCGUAGUCGAGUCCUAUUCAAAAUUUAGGAGAUGAGCAGCAAAAGCAAGCAAGUCGAGCAAAUUGCGAUGCACAACAUGGAUGUGCUCAUAAAGUUGCCAGGUAUAGUUUCAGAAAUCGCUCAUAGAUAAUUUAUAAGAUUGCAUUUUUAAUCAGUACCCUGGAGAGUUUAGUCUUCACAGAACACAAUCAGCACACCCGGCACAUUAAAUCAGUACAUAUGCACGUUAAAUGAAGAACCAACCCAUCCUGGUAAAAGUCUUCUACGCUUAUCAAACGUUUUUUUCACUUGGAACUUUCUUGACAGCUUAAAACCAACUUUUUUGCAAAUUAACCUUUUCCUUGCUUAAAAACACAGGGCCCGUCUAAAUUCAGCGACCAUUGAUUGAUUUGUCGAAAACUGAAAAGCGUGCUCGCUUCCUAGCGCCCUGCGGCUCAGGUAUUGUCAAAUCUCUUAUACAUGAUUGGCUUGUUCGUUAGACCACAGACACAAAGGGAAAGGAAUGUAGUUCGGUUUUCAGUAGCCGUUUGUGGGGAGGAAGGAGCGUUGCGUGACGACACUAAAAACGGCUGUGUAGCAGACUACUUUGACUAGUGAAUCUGGAUAUUUUUUUUUUCUUUUCGAAAAAAAUGGGUCGGGUACGAGAUUAGGGCGGCCUUACAAUAAGCACUCGAUUUCGGUACGCAAAUAUAGGUGGCUAUAACCAGUCUACGUCUUCAACACCGUCAGAUUUUUUUUUGCUUUAAACUUACUUGCAUACCCUUAUAGCGUCCCCUUCCCAUUUUUCAAAGAAAAAUCAUUCAUGACUUCAAUUUCAGCACCGUCGCACACUAGUUUAAAAGCCCUUAUUCAAACUUUUGCCCUAAUAAUGAUAAUGUUUAAUCUGUCAUGAAUUCUUUUAAAAGGUAUUCGUAUGUUAGAUGGUAAAGCUACCGACACAAUUGAGGGGAGUUCCCUAAGCUAUCGCGCCGACUACAUCGACAUCUAUAGCUGCUGUUGGGGCCCAAAAGAUGAUGGAACGAGAUUUGGAAAACCUGGUUACUUGGCUGGCAAAGCGCUAAAAAUUGGUGCUGAGCGGGUAAUAAUACAAUUUUGUGCCAUAUUCUUGACUUUUGACUGAGAGAAACUCCAUGGUGUGUAGUCUGAAACUGAUUGUCAUCCGUCCCUUCGCACCCUCCCCCCCCACCACCACCCACCUCUUCAACGGGCGGCAAGGGAGUGGCGCGAGGAGAUGGACGACAUUUUCCACAUCUCACUUUAGCGAGGCAGAAAAAUUUGGAGGUCUUCAGCGAAUGUCAUGAUACUUGAAAAUAAUAUAAAACGCUUUACUGUUCUCAGGUUAACACAUGUAUGUGUUGUUCAACCUAGGUUGAUCUAGAAUUUGUUUGUUUCCCAGCCAAAUUAUUAUUCUUAAGAGAUGAAAGAAGUUCUCGUUUGAGGACAGAUUUUACCUACAAAAUACACACAACAGAAAAUUAAUAAACUCUGCUGGAUCUCUUCAUGUGUCUAGCAUCUGCAGAUCAUCGUAUUAUCAUCUCAGGAACCUAUCUAGAAUUAGGAAGUAUUUCACUAAAGAAUCAGCAGAAGUUGCUGUUCAUGCAUUUGUCACAUCGAAACUAGAUUACUGUAAUGCAUUACUAUACGGCCUACCUAAGUAUCAGUUACAAAGAUUGCAGUAUGUACAAAACAUGGCGGCUAGAGUUGUGUUGCAAGUGAGUAAGUUUCAGCAUAUCACACCUGUUUUGUGUGAGCUUCACUGGCUACCGAUUCAAUAUCGUAUUAUUUUCAAGAUUCUGCCCCUCGUGUAUGAAUCACUGAAUGGGACAUCGCUUAGCUAUUUAGCUCAAAAACUACAUUAUCGUUCUCAUACCAGAUCAUUGAGGUCUGUUAGCAAUGAACUUUUAACGCAACCUAGAUCGUAUACCAAGACCUACGGAGAUAGAGCAUUCGCUGCUCAUGCACCAAGAAAAUGGAACUUAAUACCUUAUGAAGUCCAACACCAUCUCGAGUUUUAAAAGAUCACUUAAGACGUACUUGUUUACUAAAUUCAGUAAUAACGGAUCAUUGUUUUUAUAGAUUUGUAUAUAUUGGGUUAGUUUUAAUUUUUCCCUUUUUUAUCAUUAUGAAUGAAAUGGUUUAAUAGUUGCUUUAGUUUUAAUUUUUUCCUUUUUUACUCAUUGUAAAUAUAAUAGGAUAUGGUUGUAAAUUUGUAAAUAUUUUUCAAUAAUGUUGUUUACAUGACUGUAAAGCGCCUUGAACAUAGGAUAAGAGCGCUAUAGGUCGCUAUAGAAAUAAAGUUAUUAUUAUUAUUACUAUUAUUAUUACUAUUAUUAUUAUUAUUAUUCGCUGUUGUCUUUCCCUUGCCUUUGUUCCAUUUCCUAGAGCUAGUUUAGUGCAUGAAAUAAACCAAAGUGAUUGCACAAAGGCCAUUUUCUCUGGUGCAAUUUUGAUAUAAAAUUACCCUUUUGCCGUGGUGAUUCACUUUAACGCAGGAAUCAGUGGCGUUUGAAAUGUCAGCUUUUCAUCAUUGCUGUGAUGAUCAGUUGUGUCGCAUUGCCAGCCUUGCAAUAAGUUUGCGUUAAUUUACGUUACGAGCAUCUCAUGAUCCAGCAGAGUUUAUUAAUUCUCUGUUGUGUGUAUUCUGUAGGUAAAAUCUGUCCUCAAACGAGAACUUCUUUCAUCUCUUAAGAAUAAUAAUUUGGCUGGGAAACAAACAAAUUCUAGAUCAAACUAGGUUGAACACUACAUACAUGUGUUAACCUGAGAACAGUAAAGCGUUUUAUAUUAUUUUCGAGUAUCAUGACGUUCGCUGAAGACUUCCAAAUUGCCGGGGAAGGUAGAUCGCCUUGUUUACCAAAUUCAGCAUUCCGGCAUUACAAAAUUGAAAAGAAGAUCUUUAGAUUUGUUUUGCACCAUUGUUUAUUUCCUGGUUCAACAACUUAUUCAAAAUCAUCGCAAACUAAGAAAACGUGCUGAGUACCCUUUAUUUUUCUCCAGGGUCGUGGAGGUAAAGGUAACAUUUAUGUGUGGGCAACUGGCAAUGGAGGACUAACAGAUGACGACUGUAACUGUGAUGGAUACACUACCAGUAUAUACACCAUAUCAAUUGGCGCCAUUAGUGACCACGGUCUUUCUACGUAUUAUACAGAGACAUGCGCAUCCACCUUGGCCGUCACAUUCUCUGGAGGAUCACAUAGAGAGACAGUAGAGAACAAAGUUGUAAGUUCUUUAAGUUUUCAAUUCACCGUUGGCAAUGAUCCAGCAGAGUUUUUUCUCUCAGUCGUGUUUAUCCCUGUAAUAACGCAUUACAUAGUAGCUAGCUGUUAAUACAUUUAUCCGUUACAAAAUAAAAUCGCCCGAAGUUUGCAAGUGAUGACCAUGUAAAACCUCUCUCGUACCCAGACGUUUCUCGCUAAAAAUUUGCGCGGAAAGGAAGGCGGGAAGGAAAAAAUGUUCCUCAAUAAAAUCCGUCGUGAGCCCCUUGGACACCUUUUGAAAUUUACACAACGUAGUAUUCCUUACCGUUUCGGUUUCGAGAACUGACUAUAGUGAUUUGGGAUGAGCACUCACUCGAAACGGUUCGCUUCUAUUUAGGGUUAGGGUUGUUGCUAUAUUCCUUUAAAUCAAACCAAUCCACGACAGGUAAUCCUCAGUGGCGUAGUGGCGUAGUGGCGUAGGUGAUGGACUGCAGGCACUACGCUCCAGGUUCGAUUCUUACUCACGCUCUUCUGAAUUUUUUUUCCUUAAAAAUUGAAGAGACUUACACUCACGUACAUUCUUCGAGAAAAAACUCUAUUGUAUUGAACACCAACAUGGCCGCCUUAUCACGUGGUUGCAAACCAAGAACAACAAAUUUUGCAGAACACCAAAAAGAAAACAAGAUCGGUAUUCAUGACUCAAGGCUGGGCUGAAGCAAGCAUCAAAACAUAGCCGCUAUUUGUCAUUAAAUGUUCUGGAGAUUUUAUUUGCUCCAUUUGCGCCAUUUGACGUCUGUUCUGUUUUAGGUAACCACGGAUCUACAUCACAAAUGCACUGAAGUCUUCAAAGGCACAUCUUCCGCAGCCCCACUGGCCGCAGGAAUGCUGGCUCUUGUACUAGAAUCGAAGUACGUACAUAUCGUCAAACCGUAAUCAAAAUAAUGCUUUCGUCAAACUGCAAGCCUUUUUACACUUUUUACUUAAUCUUCUGUAGCCAUAUAGACUGGUCAACAGUUUUUAUGAACUAGCUAGCAUUUUAUCUUAAGGCCCCCAAGUAAACGCAAAUUUUAGGCUUUUUGUAUUGAUAUAGACUUUUUUCUUGAAUUACCUGUCUAUAAUUGGCCAAUUUCAUGACGACGUUAUUUUGCUCCUACGACCAGAAUCCUUCAAAAUACUUUCUUGUCCGGCAGUUAUUGCUUUUGUUAUUCUAACCUUGCUGUGAUUACCAAAUUGUGAUAUAACUGGAAAAACGAAAAAGGAUUCUUGUCACAGUAGUAAAAUGACGCUAUCGUGCAAAUGGCCUUCGGUCUUUUUUUUGGCACGGCAUUCAAUCUGAUGGUCAGAUUUUAUCAGCUGCUUGUGAUUCUCAUCCUGUUAUUACUCUUACCACCAGUAAGUGGCUAGACUAACAGUAAUUAUCUUACAGGAGCUAAAUGAAGUGUGAAGAAUAUAUCUACUCUACUGCAACGUCUAUGUGCUGUUUCUUUUUUGCAACGUCUUGGCUGGUCAUUACCUAGCGGAAAAUAUGUGCUGUUUCUUUUAGUCCUAGGUUAACCUGGCGUGACGUGCAGCACGUCAUCGUAGAGUCAUCACAGGUGACAAGUCCGCUGGAUGAGGGAUGGAAGACCAACGGCGCAGGUAAACGGUACAACCACAAGUUUGGUUUUGGAAGGUUGGACGUUAGCAAAAUGGUGAACAAGGCUCUUACAUGGAAGAACGUGGAGAAACAAAGAAUAUGCCAUGGAGCUGAGCACAGUAAAAAAAGGUUUGUGAAGGAAAACUAAUGUGACAUUCGCUGGUUCAGUCCAAUGAUUGUAAUUUGUAAUCAGUAUUGUUCCAUGAGUUGACCCUCAUUUAAAAUUUGUAUUUCCGCAGUUCACUUUAUCUUCAUGUUUCAUUCCUCAGUUUCACCGUUUAAAUUGAACUCAACAAAUUUGUAUGGGUCUUCAUAGCUCAAAUGGCAGAGCACUUCAGCGCUAACGACGAGACCAUGGGUUCGAAUCCCGUUGAAGUCCCAAAAUUUAUUUGUAAUUGCUUAAAUUACAAAUACCUAUGCGAUGAUCGUAUCUUCAGUUAAGAUUUGUAUCUCUACGGUUCACGUCAUCUAUCACUAGCAAUAGGUUUAGCUCAUGUGAACGACGAAGUUUUACCCGAGCCUUUGAGAGCAUGCACAUAAGUAACUAGAAGUUAUAUCCUGAAUGCAAGCUAACGCUGAGUCAUGAGUCAACCUUUCAUUGACUCUCAUCGUCUAAUCCUCAUCUAACACAUACAUAACGAUCUACUUUAACAGGUACAUUCCAUCAUCUGGAAGUCUGAUUCUAUCAGCAAACACCUCAUCAUGUUCAGGCACGUCCUCAGAAAUACGAAGGGUAGAACACGUGCAGCUAAACGUUACAUUGCAACACCGUCACCGAGGGGAUUUAAGCAUUACCCUCAUCUCACCAUCCGGGACAAGAAGCCAGCUGUUGACUACCAGGCGGAAUGACCACUCGGCCAGAGGAAUCAAGGUAGCUAAAAAAUAAAGAUAAUAAUAAUAAUUCUGUUACUUACCCUCGACAGUAUUUUAGCACUUAUGCUAGUGGGGCCCAGCAAAUGCCUGAAACAAACAAUUCAAAUUGAACUUAACAGGAUUAAGAAUCCAAACUGGCCGGAGGCAAAUCAGUUGGCUAUUUACAAGCGUGGCUGAGGAUUUGAACUCUGGACUACCGUGAGCAAAUCCAGCUAGCGGCGAGGGCGGGACUUGAGCUCGGGACCUGCAAAUUGCAAGUCCAGCGUUCCAACCACUCGGCCACGCUGCCUUCUAUAUCAGUUGAAUACUCUUCAGACCUAUUUUCUGACGUAUCAUAUUGGUAACACAACCUUUGUUUUAAAAAGUGUAUGAGAUAAUGAAAAAUACUUUUUUGGUCGCCCUGUUAUAAUAGACAAAGAUCCUACAAUAAUUUAGUAAUUUUUGAAAUCACACUCCCUUUCAUCGUUCCACUACAGUAGCAGGUAGAAAAGUGUCUUUCAGGUUUCUUGUCAAUUUACGUCGCUCGUGCUUUUUUGAAACUUUUGUUAACAAAAUUCUUUGCCGACCUGAAAUUGAAUAUGAUCCAUGGUUAAAAUUAUCACAUGUGACUACAUAUCCAAAACACAAAAAUUUUUUCAACUAAAACCCUUCAAUUAAAACUUCUCCUAAGCGACUAGAGUUUGGGGGCCGUGACGAUUUUAUAACUUUUCACUGUGAUUAAUAACUUCUGUCAAGCGAGCAUUUAACAGAUGGUCUGAUCUUGACGUCCGCGGUACGCCACGUUCGAUGACAUGGCACUAAACUCAGUCGUAGUUUAGAAAUUGUAUGAAGUAAUUCCUCUUCGGCGCAUAAUUAACACCUGAACUACUGGACCACGUUGAGCAAAAUAUCGUGCUUUGUCAGUGGCGAGCAGAUCAGUUAUAUCAAUUAUAGAAAAGGUCAGCGAAGCGAACUGCCAUUUUCAAACAGGGGCGAUUGCAAGAAAGAGAAAGGCGUGGUUUCAUUAACGCAUGAGCAGAAUAUUAUUUGCAGCCAAACACAGUUGGAAGACAUUACGCAUGAGCAGACCAUUAUUUGUGGGAAUUAUUUGCAGAUCACAUGGUGGGCUCUCGGCCAAUGAAAAGGAAGAAAAAUUUGCAUCAGCUGAUAAGUACAUCUAUUAGACCGAUGUGUUCCUAAAAGAGACCUCCCUGCAAUUCGACUGUCAUAAGGGACCACCUCCCAACAGCUGCCUCUUAACCUUGGCAUUUUGGAUAGUCUCUGAGAGAAUAUUCGACCGUCAAGUAUUUCAAUGCUUUAUUAUUAAACUAAAAACUAGCUUUCUUCACAUUUUCAGAAUUGGCUUUUCAUGACUGUACAUUGCUGGGGUGAAGAUCCUAGAGGACCGUGGACUGUAAUUGUUACUGACAAUGACAAUAAUAACCGUCAACAUUAUCUGGAGAAGCACACACAAGCAGACGAGGAAGAUGUAACUAGAGUCUUAAUGGACGAGACAGAAGAACAUCGGCUAAGGGGAGAAUCUCAGCGGGAGGCCACAAAUGGUCAUGCGCAGGAUCAUGUCUUGAAAACGAUGGAAGACACUGCUGAGAAGAUUUUCAACGGACCUGGAUUUUCGAAGUACCUCCAAAGAAAGAAAUCUCAGCAUGAAAGUUAUAAACCUCCAGCAAUAAAAAUAAAAAAGAAUGGGUUGGCAACACAUCAUAAAAGGACAAAAGAAAUUCAUUCGGCCAGUUUGAAGAAACAUUAUUGGAAAAAUAGACAAAACAUCGUCAGAAAAAUGGGUAAAGCAAAGCAAAAUACUGCAGUUGUGUCGAGGAAAAAAACUCCUAAAAAUUCAAAGUCAAUCAAACAUGACAAGAACUGGUCGAAAAAGAGGAAACCCGCGAGGAAAAAAAUGAAACAUGAAAAGUCAAACGUCACUUUAAGGGAAAAAUUUCGAGAUGGUACGACGGUUUUUACAAGUCAAAAAAAUGCAGAAGAAAAACCGAACACGGCUUCAGCCGUGGCCCCUUUUCUCGUCAAGACUUUGAGCAAAUCAAAUGCCUCAAUGUUAAAGGUGUUGAACACAUCUGAAAAUGAAAAGGUUCUUGAUCUUAUCACAAAGCUAGUGUUAGAAAUUCAGAAAAAUCCAUUAGUGACCAAAAUUGCUAUGGAAGCAUUAAAGAAUCCUGCUAUUGGUGAACUAUUUGGAAUUAAUCCUUCUCCAAAACUAGCCGAAACAUUCCAAGAAAGUUUAUCGUCAAGAAAGUAUGGGAAACAAAUCAAAGGAUUUAAGAACUCGACAAGCGUACUUAGGUCGUCUUUAAACAAUGGUAAUCAGAUUGACACACGGAAAGCAAAAUUAGACAAACUUCUAAAUGGCGCAAAAAAAGAAAGAAAUGAUACAAGUGCAAAUGAAAAGUCGGAACAUUUCGAAUCAAGCAGAACUAAGAGUCCAAUCAAACCCGGAAAAAUUCAGUUUUUUAAAGUGCUUAGGAAAAAUGGAGAAAAAGUCGCUAGUGGCGGUGAAAGUUCAGGAAGUGGAGGUUUCAUCGACUCUGGAAGUGGAGAAAACCUUCAAGGAAGCGGAUCCGGAAAUGACAAUGGCUGGCAUUUAGAGAAUUCAAAACUGUUGGAAAGUAGAAAAACACAAAUAGAAGAUGCUUCCGGGUUGUUUGGCUCUGGUGAAACAACUAGAGAAAUAUCAGAAGUGUCUGAAGGGGGAGUAAAUUUAUCUUCAGAAACUGGCGGAGAUGAAGGCGACAACCAAUACGAAGAUGGAGAUGGGGAAAGUUUCUUUGAAAAUAUGAAAAAGGCUUUUGAAAGUGACGAGGAAGGUGAUUUAGGUCCAGAAUUUGGACUUGGUUCGGAUAGCGUCAAUGAAUAUUACACAGGUCUUUGCAGAAACAUCUCAGCUUUUCCAAAAAAUGGUUCAUCUAUCACUCGAAGACUUCAUUGCUCAGAAAAUCACACGCACAACACUGAAAGAGACCAGGAAGACAAAACGUUAGCACAUUAUCUUGCAGUUGACAAGUUAAAGUCAACUUCAGGGGGCAGUGUUUUGGAAAGCUUUGAAGAUCAAGAUGACAGUUCUUUGCGAUCAUCGUCUCUUAGAGAGGAUAAAAAUCCAAACGGUGAUCAGCAGGAGUAUGCGGACUCUAGAUACAGUGGCAAAGAUUUAGAGGUCCUUCAGAAAGCUUUGGAAGAACAGCUGUCUCGUUUAUCCAAGGAUCCGGAAUCUAAAAAAUCAAACGCAGAUUUUUUAGCCCGUGUUCGGGACGAUAUCAAUCAUGCUGAUAUAAAUGACUUAGAGCUUUUAGAAGCUCAGAUCGCAGAUGGAAAGACUGAUAUUUCUAGAGUUGCCCGGAGCCUUUCUCCAGAAGAUGAAGAUAUUGAUGUGGAGGACUAUUCGGACACUCCACUGGCAUCAUAUGCAGAAAUCACUGAAAUCAGUGAAGAUAAGGACGAGUUAGAACGGAGUAGAAUAUCGCGUCAAUUUCAAAAACGUAAGUCGUCUCAAACGUACUAUGUGGACCCGGAGAAAUACGGAAAGGACAAUUCGGGCAUACUAGAGUCUUGGACGUUAAUCCUGUAUGGAACUAAAUAG